UCUGGUCGAUCUUUUCACGUUCUGUUUUGCACAGCGGAUCACCGUUUGCGCCGUUUGCAGAAGCCGUUUGCAGCUCUGAACGCCCAAUGCUGGCGCAGUGGCCCAAGGCACUGUUGAAGCCAUGCUGCUCCCACCUGCUGUGGCGCGGAUCCUCGACGCCGGCGAUGCCCCGCUGCUGUGGACGAAGCCGCCUCUUCCGGUCCGUUUGCGACCUCUAAAGCCCAAUUUGGCCCGUGCAGAAACCAAAUCCGCAGAUGGGAAGGAAGAUAAAGGAGAAGUUGGAGAAGUUGGAAGGAGAAGAAUGAAGGACGAGAAGAUGGAAGAGGGACCUGUGAUGCUUCGGAAGCCACGACCCCCUCCACAGCCCAAGCCAGGAAGCCACGCACCCCGUAAAACGCCCAGCCCUCACUUUAUCGUGACGCCGCCGAACUCGACCUCUCCGGGUGAGCUGGGUCUGGGAAUGUUCUGGCGAGAGCCUGGACAAGCACAUGGCUUGAUUUUCCUUGAAAGCCCUGCAAGGCAGCCAAGUGCGCAGGAUGGGAAGCGGAAACCAGGAGACUUGGGCUCGAGUCUCUAUGGCUCUGGCUGGCGACAACAAAUCCCUCGUGCGGAGCCAGCAACGAACAUUGCGUUGAAAGCAUACGCACCAGCUCCUGCAAAUCCACCAGCUCCAUCUACAGCCCCAGCCAGUCACAAGGCCCAUGAGGCUCGUCCACCACAGCCUGUAGUGCCUGACAACCAGGCCGUGCCUGACAACCCUGCCGUGCCUGACAGCCCUGCUAGCUCGGAGGCCGACAUUGAGCCUGUGAAGAGGGGAAGCAGUCUUCAUGAUACCUUCAUGGAUGUCUUAGAUCAAGAAUUAAGAAGUGUUGGGUUGCCUUUGCAGUUGCACAAAAGUAUCAGCAUGGCAGUGGAUCGUUCCUUGAAGGAAUUGCUGGAUGUGCAGCAAAAGGAACUCAAUGAGCGGCUUCAUGCGAAGUUGAAGAAAGACCUUGAGUCUGAGCAGAUCUUUUGGUCCCAUGCCAGUGCUGCACGCAAGGCCCUUUUUGAUGAAGCAUGCCGGCAGGUACAGGAUGCAGAAGCCAGGUUUUGGUCACAUGCAAGCGCAGUAAGAGCAGGGCAGGUGCAAGAGUCGGAAGAGAGAUUCUGGUCACAUGCCAAUGCAGCCAGAGAAGCUCUCCUAGAUCAAGCACGCCAGGAGGCUUCCCAAGUCUUGCAACAAGCCGCCGGAGAUGGCAGUCUAGCAAAGGUUUUGGAUCAAGUAGCAGCCUACCAACUUCCGGCCACCCAUUGCUAUGACAAUGACUUGUUGCAUGCCAAGCCAGCUGAUGAUGUGGUCGAUGACAUGAUGAAAGAGGUCGUUAGCUGCAGUGUGAGCUGGCUUGAGUCUUUGUUGGACGAGGCACAGCAUGAGUAUAGAGAGGUUGAGAUCAGCAUGGUGCCCAAGUCGGAGCAAGAAAGGAGUGAACAAGUGGAUGAGGCGAUGCAAAAAGUGGCAGCAAGCCUUCUUGAAGCUGCAAAGAACUGCAGUGUCCCAGUGACGUCUGAAGAUGCGAGAUCACCCAGUGGAACCGAGAAGUCAGUGCUUUCCGCAAGCUCCUGCACGCCUUCCUAUGAUGUUUCCGAGGUAGCUUCGGUUGCUGUGCAUGAUGUGGUGGAUAUGGCGGCGAGCCAUUUCGCAUCUGAUGUGGACACAGCGUUCAGAGAGGAUGCAGCUCAGUCAGUUGCAGUCUCGCAGGGAAGUGAAGAGCUUUGGGAGGAUGUGGCGCUGGAAGUGGCAAAGCAGGUCAUUUCCAGUCAUCUCAGUGAGGUAGGGACCUAAGGCGUUUUUUUGGUCCUUUUUGCUUAGGCCCGGUUUGUACACUUUGUUUGCCUCACGGGCAGUGUACUGAUUCGCAGGGCCAACAGGUUGCAAGCUGCAAGUUGAAACUGGCAUGCGGUGGUGCAGCCUUGGGCAAAAGCAUUGCCCAGCGAUUCCGCCAAGCGGACCACAGUCAUCAUAGAUGUUUUUUUGCGAACUAUGAAAA